GACUUACUAUACUUACUGUAUUUGCACAAACAUUCCAAUCUUGUUAGAAAAUAUUUUAAUUAACUUUUAGAAUUAGCUGCCCGAUUUCAGGAGUCGUCUUAAAUUCUGUAUCAGUUUUUGGUCGUAUUUAAUUUGGAUAGCAAUUUGCUAUUAGCAAGCCUCGCAGAUGUUGAAGUACCGUCCAUCUCAAUCUCUCCUCGUUCAAUCAAUAACGACUACAUAUGACGUGACACAUUUUAAUACACUUUAUUAAUUUAUAUGUAACAAGCUGAUAAUUGCAAAUUAUUAGUUAUCUUCAAGGACUAGUCCAGUACCGCCUAGCUAAGAAAACAUGGGCUUUGUCGUCCAGUGCAGUGCCUGAUAAAUAAAUUACAAAAUAGGGGUGGAUGUCAACCUUCUGCUGCUCAAAAGUCAAACAGCAAACGAGGAAGGUGACUUAUUGUUGGUCCCUUCUCCAGUCGUCUGACGACAAUGAAUUCAGAGCAGGGAGUGGUCAACUGGUCAGUGUUCUCAUGCUCUCAGAAUCUCCCUGCAAUUCUUAACGAUCCGAACAGAGGAAAACAAAAAGAUUUCUUUACAAAGACGUGGGGAGAGGCUUUUGUAGAACAGACUGUGAUUCCCCCAUCGCCUCUACUUGAAGAUGUGCCAAACUCUUACUUUGCAACAUACUACAAAAAAUUAUUGAAGAGAAAUAAAAAAUACCGUGAUCGUAAGGCGUCCGGUACUGGACAAGGGUCGGUUGUACAUCGCCAAGACUCUUCUCACAUUUUAUUUCCACAAUUCGGGCUCAAGGACUCUGCACAGUUGUUAAAAACCGAAGCGAAUCCAAUUCCAAAAAUAUUUUUUAGCCAAAUAUUUUCGUUGGCUAAUAAUGAAACGUUCCGUGAAGUGUUCAUCGUUGAUGGCAGUGGUCUUCCGAGUAAACUAAUACAGGACAAGCUUAGUCAUUAUUUGGACCUAGUGGAGGUAGGCCUUGCUCAACAAAUCAGUAAAAAAUCUUCCGCUUUCUUUUCUGCUGUUUCUACACAAGACAAAGUUGCAGAAAAAGUUACACAUGCCAUCGAAGUUGUGAAGAGGAUAAAGAACGAUGUGGUAGAAAUUAAGGAUGAAAACGUUAUCACACCCUUCACGAUCAUCAAGCUUCAGAAAAGAAAAGACAAUUACACUCUUCUGUAUCAAAAGUUGCAACUAAUGUCGACAGUUCAUCAAGCACAAAGGGCGAUUCAGUCAUUACUAGGAAAUUCAGAUUAUGUGGGUGCGUUGGAUCUCAUAUCAACAACCCAGGAUGUACUGAUAAAGGAGCUUCAAGGAUAUAUAUCGUUUAGACACUUGGAUUCUCAGCUUGUGGAAAUACGAAAUGCAAUUGAAAAAAUGUUAAGGGCUGAGCUUGAGAGAAACUUAUCUGCAGACUUAAAUAGACCCGUGGAACAAGUUAGUGUUUUUUGUGAUAAGGAUCGUCUCAUCUCAAUUAUUUUCGGUCAUUUCCGCUUGGGAAAAAUCGCUGCUAUUGUAAGCGUGCUGGCAAAGGAAUUGAGUACGGCGAUGACUACAACCUGCAAACAAACUUUAAUUGAAGCGAUUUCGGAAUCAGACUCAAAAUCUGAUUCGCUUAUAAAUAGCAACUCCAUGUUACAAGGGAUUGUUCAUUUACCCUCCGAACUAUGGAUCAAAAUGAUAACUCAACUUGGUGAUCGCUUGGUGAUUUUUAUGGAACAUAUGCGUGAUGUGAUUUUAUUAUUCCAAAGCUGUGCUGACUCUGCCAUUGGGAGGUCUUCCAGUGAUGUCGCUGGAACUUACAUGUCCGAUAAUGACGAGACAUUAAUAUCCGAAGAGUUGUAUAAUAAUUUUUCCACCGAACUGGCAACUCAAUUGGAAAAGACUACCGAUAAUGCGGAUGAAAAGUUUACUGGAAUGCUACGAUAUCGAAAAACUUAUUUAAUUCGCAAUGAAGUUUUACCCACCUUGCAGGUUGUCAAAACAUUUACGUCGCAGUUGGAGAAAUUUGCCAACUCCUUGCAUCCUAAUGUGACAAAGUCAUUCAAGUUUAAAUGUGUAUUGGAAAUGAAAGUACAAAUUACAGAGUUUGUGAGAAACUUUCACGGAAAACAAAUCGAAAGUAUGAAUGCAGCUCUGGAUCGUGAAAAGUGGAAAGUGGCCAACGAAGACAAAGUGAAAAAAAUUUGGCCAAGUGUAAAAAUCAAGCGAAUAUUAGAAACUAGAACCCUCCUCUCGGAAUCCCAAAGUAAAGAUGAUGCUGCCUUGACCCUGACAAAUAAUAAUAAUGCUAAUACUGUUGCUGAUUUGGUCCCCAACGGUGGUAGAGAAUCUGUGAUAAAUGGAUGUGAUGAAGGAACAGUUUUUACGGCAGAAGUAUUCUAUUUGCUUUUGGAUGCAAUAGUUGAAUACUGUCAACUCUUUGUGGUAACUGGAACUGCGGAAGUCGUACUUGGGGUUGUAGAACUACUUCGAGUUGCCAACAAUCGAGUUAAUCAUCUUAUUCUGGGGGCUGGAGCUGUGGAACUAAAAGUUUGCAAAUCCAUAACGGUCACUAUUCUUGUAAUAGUUUUAAGAGGACUUCACUUAAUCGCAGAGUCCGUGGCAGAAGUCAAAGACAUAUUUGACUCAAAUUUAGUGUCUGCCAAGAGCCAGCAUGUGUUAAAACAAAUUAGUGCUGUGCAUCAAGAAUAUUGUCGACAUGCAGAAUCAGUGGAAAACAAAAUGGUUUCAAUUAUGGAAGAUGUCAUUAAUGCUGAACUAAAUGCAUGGGAAGCUCGUCCACCUGUACCAUCCACACCUAUUAAUAAUGUUUCCAGAAAUAUCGUUAAAUUUAGAGAAGCUAUUGGAGCCGUUUUAGAUGAGAAACAGAUUUCUCAGCUCUUUAUUAAAAUUGAUAAAGUUUUCCGAACAAAACUAAAAGAAAGAAUCGCAGAUUUAGGAAUUCGUAAGGAUGGGGGUCCUCGUCAAGGUGUCGUAACUUCAGAAAUGAUGCACUAUGCAGAAAGUGUGAGGAAACUCAACAUUUUACCAGCUAACAUUAUAAGCAAUUCGUUUUUAACAAACGAUUUGUGGAGCUGAUUGUUGUUGGCCAUCAUAAUACCGAAUAUAAUAUACCUAUACAUAUAUAUCUAUUAUGCAGAUUGUUUUAUAAGAAUAUUUAGUCCAUUUUCACGGAGAGGAUGUCAUUUCUAGUCUCAUUUGCCUUGCAACUAUUUUUAUAAUGAAAUAUCGGUAAACGAAUGUGUACUUGUUUGGAAUUUACGAUCAAGCGGAGAGAGUAAGAUAAUAAAUUAAUAUGCAAUUUUA